GUAAUUGAAACUAACCUAAAACUCUUUUUCAUUAGUCCAGAGAUAGACUCGAUUAUUGCUGACUUAAGUAUCAGAGUGUCUAUCCCAAGAACCCACCUCGGGGCUUUGCAGGUUCAUCCGAAGUGAAGACGCAGACUGAAGAAGGAUCUCUGGUUUGGUGCAAUUACAUUGGCGCCGUCUGUGGGAAACGAACUUAAAGCUCUCUCAUCAUGGUUAACACUUGAUCAGUCCGAGCUGGAAAUCCAUCUCAGCCUCUUGGACAAGGUCAACUCCCCAACAACCUUCCACCUCACCUCCGACCUCAGAUCCCAAAUAUGUUUCCUCCUAUUGAUCAUGUAGAAGGAGGAGAUGAAAACCAACCUUACAACUCAGCUCACAACUCAGCUUCCAUCGCCAAUCAAGACGUAGUUACAGCUCAGCUUACAGCCAUGCAACAACAGUUUGACCCUCAACCAGUUCAGCAUGCUCCUGCUCUUAAUGAGUCUCAGGGUCAGUCUCACAUAGCACCAGCUCAACAACCUCUACCUGAUGAUGUCACUCGACGUCUGGAUAGCUUAAAAAAACUGGUAGCUGAACAACGAGGUGCCCUACCUCCACACCAUACUGCUGACUCCAUACCUCAUCCUUUGAACACCAACAUCACAUUGGAACCUUAUCCUGCUGGCUUCAAAAUUCCUCAGCUCGAGACAUAUGACGGGACAAAGGACCCCGAUGAUCACCUCCAUGCCUUCUAUUCCUAUAUGCAAGCUCAGAACGCCUCUGAUGCAUUAAUGUGUAAGACCUUUCCCUCCACUCUCCGUGGUAAUGCCCAAACUUGGUACUAUAGUUUGCCCCCAAGAUAUAUUAGCUCCUAUUCAGAAAUGGCAUCUGCUUUUGCCACAAAGUUUUCUAGUAGAAGGUUGAUUAGGAAAACCACUUCUAAACUGAUGCGAGUCAAGCAGAGGGACGAAGAAUCCUUGAAGAAUUACAUGAGCAGGUUCAAUGAUGCAGUCCUCGAAGUCAGCUCCUUCAACCAAGCCGUAGGAAUUGCGGCUGUAAUUCAAGGUCUCCAACAUGAAAGAUUUAGAGAUAGCUUAAUCAAGCAUCAUGUUGCUACUUUCAACGAGCGAACCAAGCAACCGAAGUUUAUUAGAGAACAGGGAGCACAGCCACAGGGAUCUCGUAACGCAAGAAACAGGCAAGGCGUGGGAUAUCAACAAGCCCCACCUCCACUUCCAUCACCAGCCAGAAUUAUACAUAUGAUUACGGGAGGCCUGGAAGUAAGAGGUUUGAGCUCUAAACAGCGAAAGUUGUACGUCAGAGUGGUCAAACAUCAAAACCGAGCUAAGAAACAGAAGUUUGACGAUGCUAACUGGAAGAAUCAACCCAUCACUUUCACAUCUACUGAUUUUGACACAGUUGUCACACCUCACAAUAAUCCUCUGGUUACUUCUGUCAUGAUUAACAACUGUGAGGUACAACGUGUCCUUGUUGACACAGGAAGUGCACCAGAUAUUAUGUAUUUUCACUGUUUUGAGAGUCUUGGGCUGGAUCUAGAUUUAUUGCAGCGAUACGAUAGUCCCAUCUAUGGAUUCAACAACCAACCAGUUCAAGUAGAAGGAGUUCUUAACCUCAAUGUUGCUUUUGGGAGUGGUCAAACUUAUGUUACCCCUUUAAUUCGGUUUCUAGUUGUCAAAAUGGCGUCCUCUUUCAAUGUUGUUAUUGGCCUACCCACAUUGACCGAAAUUCGAGCUGUGCAAGUAAUGGGUGUUGAGAUAGUAGAUAACCGACUAGAAGAUGAAACCAGAGCUACUCUAGUGGAGGAUAUCGAGGAAGUACACAUUGACGAUAGAGAUCUAAGCAGAAAAACGCAAAUUGGAACUCGAUUGAGCCCGAAGGAAAGAGCAGAGCUAAUAGCUUUUCUCCGAGCUAACAACGAUGUCUUCGCUUGGACUUCAGCAGACAUGCUAGGAAUUCCAACCUCAGUAUCCCAACAUAAGCUCAGCACCAAUCCAUUGAAGAAACCAGUAGCCCAGAAGCGACGUCUCUUCGGGGGGAAGAGGCUUCAGGUUAUAAAGGAAGAGGUAGAGAAGCUCCUACAAGUUGGUUUUGUCAAAAGAGUUGAUUAUUGCGAAUGGGUGGCUAACCCAGUGCUGGUCAAAAAGGCGAAUGGUAAAUGGCGAAUGUGCAUUGACUACACAAAUCUCAACCAAGCUUGCCCCAAGGACUGCUAUCCGAUGCCAAGCAUUAACAAACUGGUUGAAGCGGCUUCUGAAAAUGAGAGAUUAAGUCUCUUGGAUGCAUAUUUUGGGUAUCACCAGGUGCCGAUGGCUCCAGCGGAUGAAGAGAAAACCUCGUUCUAUGCUGGUGACGAAAUCUAUUGCUACGUAAUGAUGCCAUUUGGCUUAAAGAACGCAUGUGCUACUUAUCAGAAAAUGGUGACCAUCGUCUUCCGAGCUCAGAUCGACAGGAAUCUGGAAGUUUAUAUCAAUGACAUUGUGGUAAAGAGCCUGAAAGCAGAAGACCAUCUAGCUGAUCUCGAUGAAACUUUCAACAACCUCAGAAAGAACAGAAUGUGGUUAAACCCAGCCAAAUGCAUCUUCGGUGUGGAGUCUGGGAAAUUUUUAGGCUUCAUGGUUUCCCAAAGAGGGAUUGAAGUCAACCCAGAAAAGAUUAGAUCAGCAGAUAAGUGCCUGCCAUUUUUCAAGAUCAUGAGGUCAGCUGCCCAGAAGGACGAAUUAGGCAAACAUAAGAAGUUUGAAUGGAAUCAAGAAUGCCAAGCCGCAGUCGAGGAGUUGAAGUCUUAUCUUAGCUCACCACCCCUACUGACUAAGGCUAUAGAUGGAGAGAUUCUCUAUUUGUACCUUGAAAUUUCAGACGAAGCAAUUAGUUCAGUUCUGAGAUCUACAAUCCGAGUUCAAGCACUAGCAGAUUUCAUCAUAGAAUGCACUCCAUGUCACUCAACCCCUAAUCUUGAGCCUAACGACUGGACCUUAUAUGUUGAUGGAGCAUCUAGUAGCAAGGGUUCGGGAGUUGGUGCUCUCUUAAUUGGCCCAGAUGGAUAUCGAAGUGAACAUGCUCUGAAAUUUAACUUCAAUGCAACAAACAACAUGGUUGAGUAUGAAGCUCUGCUACUUGGUUUGCAACUAGCAUUAGAGUUGAAAGUCAUGGCGAUACGAGUAUAUAGUGACUCACAGCUUGUGGUAGAUUCACUUUUUAAGUUCACCUCUAGUAGCUCUCUAAGCUCCAGAUCAGUUUUUGUGGAAGUCUUAGAUGAACCAAGCUUCAUGAAGCCACGAAUGAUGGAGAUCAGUAUAGACCUGGACACACCGAGCUGGACUGACUCAAUUAUCUCCUUUUUACGAGACGGAACAGUGCUUGAAGACAAGCAAGAGGCGAUGAGGUUGAGGAAGAAAGUGUCUCGAUAUACACUCGUCGAUGGGGUCCUCUAUAAGAGAUCUUUCUCACUCCCUCUUUUACGGUGCUUGAAUCCCUAUGAAGUAAAGUACGCACUUUGGGAGGUACAUGAAGGUGUCCGUGGGAGCCACAUUGGUGCUAGAACCCUUGCUCACAAAGUCCUAAGACAGGGAUAUUACUGGCCAAAUAUGUAUAAAGAUGCCACCCACUUUGUUCAGAGAUGCCCGAAGUGCCAAUUCUUCGCACAUUUGACCCACCAACCAGCAGAAGAGCUCACGAACUUGGUAGCAUCGUGGCCAUUUGCUCAAUGGGGACUUGAUCUUUUGGGCCCAUUCAUGAAAGGGGUUGGAGGUGUAACUCAUUUGAUUGUUGGAGUUAAUUAUUUUACAAAAUGGGUUGAAGCUCGGCCAUUAUCCAGUCUUACUUCCAGAAAGGUCGAAGACUUUGUUUUUGGCUCAAUUAUCUGCAGAUAUGGGAUCCUGAACCAGAUUGUGGCUGACAAUGGUACUCAGUUUCACUGCUCCUCUUUCCGAGAUUUUUGUUCCAGCUAUGGGAUCAAAUUACAGUUCACAUCGGUUUACCAUCUGGAGUCUAAUGGUAUGGUAGAAUCUGUUAAUAAAGCCAUCUUAGAAGGAAUAAAGCCGAGGUUGGAACAGCACAAGGCCAGGUGGGCAGACGAGCUCAAUAACGUCCUUUGGGCAUAUAGAACUACAAGCAGAACUGCCACAUGUGAAACACCCUACCACCUGACCUUUGGUACCAAAGCAGUAAUUCCUAUUGAAAUAGGAGUCCCAAGCCUCCGGGUCACCCAUUUUGAUGAAGGACGAAAUGGACAACUACUUUGGAAAAACCUUGAUCUGCUUGCCGAAGUCAGAGAAGAAGCACGGCUUCGAACUCUUGUAUACAAGCAGAAAUUAGCCAACUUGUACAACAAACAAGUCCGCCCUCAAACAUUCAAAAUAGGAGACCUUGUUCUCAGAAAGGCUGGCCUAACAGGGUUUGAAACUCGUUUUGGCAAACUAGCCCCAAACUGGGAAGGUCCUUAUACAGUGGCCGAGGUGCCACAUCCUGGAGCCUAUGUCCUCCAAGAUGCUGAAGAGAAGAGAGUUCCUAGAGUCUGAAAUAUCAAUAACUUGAAGAAAUUACCCCUAAUAAACUUCUUUCAAGUGAUCUAUGUCUUACUGUCCUUUAUACUUAUUACUUCUUGAUUGUUGAGAUUCAUUUUACCUCUUAUUCUGUAUAUUCGAGGUCAAUCUAUUUAAAACUCAUUCCUUGAACUUCACUUUUAUUAAUAAAUGUCACUUCGCAUA